CAAAAUCAGAGUAAUUUUUUUUUGAAAAAGCUUUUGCUGAACGUGAACAAAGGUUCACAUCAAAUUUACGCAAGGUGCAAAGCUGGAGGUUGGCAACGAAGCGAGAGGCCAACAUCUCUGGCUGGGAUGUACAAUCUGACUCAAGACCGCAAGGUAUUGAUGACAUGGUUGGAGAGGUCAAGAAAAAAAAUGCGUGAAUUAAUUUAUGCCGACUUUGACCUCGUGGGAACACAAUCUAGAGUGAAAGAAGUAGAAAAGCUUCUAGACUUGGGUACAAAUGACGCAGUUCGAAUUGUGGGCAUUUGUGGUAUGGGUGGAAUAGGAAAGACAACUCUUGCCAAAGUUCUUUAUGAUAAGAUCUCUCAACUUAUUGAUGCUACUCGUUUCUUAGUUAAUAGAGAUAAAUUUGAUAUAAGCUUGAGUCUAGUACAUGGCAAGAACAUUCUUCUAGUUCUUGAUGAUGAUCUUGCUAUUUAUGAAGUUCUAAUACCACUAAUUCAAGCUAUAAAAACUAGCUUGUUAGGUGAAGGGAGUAGGAUCAUUAUAAAUAAGAGAUGAAAGAGUCUUUCAUGUGUUUGAGAGGCACAGUAUUAUAGGGUUAAAUUAUUGACUCAAGAUGAAGCUCUUCAGUUACUUUGUAGAAAAGCUUUCGAAGUUAUUUUCACCUGAUAGGUCACGAAGAGCAAUAAAUUAUGUACUCAAAUAUGCUAAUAGCCUUCCAUUAACAAUUGUAGAAUUGGGCUCAACUUGUAUAAUAGGAAACCUUCAGAAUGGGCCAUGAUUGACCUUGAAAAGGUUGCUAACAAUGUUAUAAUGAAAAUCCUGAAAAGAAGCUUUGAUGAACUAUACUACAUAUGAAGGAAGCAUUUUUAGACAUAGCAUGCUUCGUCAUAGGGAAGGAGAUUAAAUUUAUAGAAGGAAUUUUGCGUUCUUUUGAUUUUCUUGGGUUCAGCUUUCAGUUUGAAAAAUCACUCAUCACCAUUAUAGAUCAAAAAAUACAAAUGAUGCAUAGUUUGCUUCAACAAAUGGGGAGAGAAAUUGUUCAGCAUAAAUUCCCUUCUGAGCCAGAAGAGUGAAGUAAAUUAUGGAACUUCGAUGAUAUUUAUUGUGUUAUGCACGGUAACAAGGCUACUUUUAAAGUUGAAGCUAUAGUCUUGGAUCUAGAAGAUUCACAAAGGAGUCAGCUAGGGAUCAAAAAUUUAUCACGAACCAGCAGAUUUAGACUGCUCAUAUUUCGUAACGUGAAAUUUUCUGGAGUUCUAAAGCAUCUUUCAUAUAGGCUCCGAUAUACUUCAUGGCACCAAUAUCCUUUCACUUCUUUGCCAACAUAUAUUUUUUAUCCAUAUUCUCUUAGGGAAUUCAUUUUGCCUGAUAGCAGCAUCACAAGCAUAUGGGAUGAAGAAAAGGUAUCUCCCCACUCACAGUUACCAACACACACUGAUGUCCGCCAUUGGAGACGAGAAAAGAUUUUCUAUUGCUCGAGAAACAUGAAUCUUUGUGGCUCCAAAGAUUUAACCAAGAUGCCGAAUUUUAAAGAAUUUCCUGAACUUGAGAGGCUAGACCUUGAAGGACAAUGCACGAAAUUGUGAAAGCUUGAUCCAUCUGUUGCUCAUUUUUCAGAGCUCAGAUUCUUAAAUUUGAGAAAUUAUACUAAUCUUGGUAGUAUUCCAAAUAAGUUAUUUUCACUACCUUCGUUAGAAAUUCUAAAUUUGACUUGUUGCUCCAAGUUUGUUAGUUGUCUUGACUUUUUUCUCUUGAGGAGGUUGGUGAAAGAGAAAUUAUUCAGCAAUCAUUUCUUCAGAAAAGACAAAAGCUAUGUAGAAACAAAUCUAAGUGCACUAUGGUACUCAAAAAAUGAUUGUAUAAGUAAUUAAUCGAGCUUGUUUACCAAAGA